UACUCCGGUUUCCUCCCACAUUCCAAAAACAUGCUAGGUUAAUUAGCAACUCCAAAUUGUCCAUAGGUAUGAAUGUGAGUGUGAAUGGUUGUUUGUCUAUAUGUGCCCUGUGAUUGGCUGGCCACCAAUCCAGGGUGUACCCCGCCUCUAAGCCACCUAAGCGGUAUAAAAUGAAUGAAUGAAUAAAUGAAUGCUCACAUGCUUAUAUUGAAUGCUUUGUAAAGAGCCACACAUUUCCACAAGUGAGCACCUUGUCUGUCACCUUGUCUCACCCCACCCUCCCAGACACUAAGGGGGGUGGGAGGGGAGGUGAAGCGCAGACAAAAAGGAACAGCAACAGAGUGAACAGCAAUCAAGGUGAAGGAGAUAUAGUUUGAGAGUGAAAGUGAUUUGAAGAGACAGACUUGGAAAUGAUUCAAGUACAACUCAGGAGGAGGAGAUAAGAGUGAAGAAAAAAAGGCUGUUCUCCUUUUUGGAUUUGCUACUGUGAGGUUGAGGUAAGCAAGAAUGAGGAUUAUCAGAUUUAACAGCAAGCAAGACGUGCUGGUGUGAUUAAUGGGAGCUGUAUGGGAAUGACAGCGAGGAGACUCAUUAGUUCAUUUCAAACGCCGCUAUUGAAACUGAAUAGAGGACUCUAACAUCUACCUGCCAGCGUAUUACCCUUUUACCACAUCCUAUAGUCCAUUCUUGACAUUUUGUUUACUAAUAAACCACCCAUUUCCUGUAUCUUCAAUACAUCCUCUUGAGACAGUUUAAGAUGGUGGACUUGUUCAUCGACCGGGUCCUGGUGAAGAACAACAGGGACCAGGACGAGCUGGACACAGACCAUGAAAUCGCCACACGCCUGCAGAACCGCAUCUUGAUGCUCUUCUUUGCUUCUGCUGCAUGCGAGAGAUGUCAGCGUUUUGCACCCCAGCUCAGCGACUUCUUCAAACGCUUGACCGAUGAGUUCUACGUGGAUCGAUCUGCUCAGCUGGUCCUCCUUUUGGACCUGUCAGAGGAACAACAAGAGAACUUCCUCAAAGAGCUGCCCAAGAAGUGCCUGUUCCUCGCCUAUAAAGACCCCUACAGGAGAGAGCUGGAGAACAUAUUUAAUGUGGAGGAGCUCCCCACAGUGGUGGUCCUGCGCCCCGACUGUUCUAUCCUCAUCCCAAAUGCAGUGGACGAGAUACUCCGCCUUGGACCUGAAUGCUACCGCAACUGGCAGGAAGCAGCCGAGAUUCUUGAUAGGAACUUCAUGCUCACAGACGACAUUCAGGAGAAGUCCAUGCGAAGCUUCACAGAUCCUGUCAGGAGACUCAAGUACAAGGUGGAGGAUGACAAGAAGAGGAAGAAAGAGUAGAAAAGGAAAGAAAAAUAAAUAAAGUCACACUACAAUAAUGAUAUUACACAGGCUGUAGGAAGUCGUGGUGUAUAAUAAUAAUAAUAAUAAUUAUAUUCUCGGCGACAUGCUGACAACCAAACCGGCAGGCACCAUGAGCACUUAGAUAGCAGGCCGAGAAGCCACGUUCAGGGUGCCCUCACCUUACGUUUCUUCCCUGUAUUUGAGGCAAAUAACUAUCCGUCACAGAGAUCAAUGAACGCUCUUAUGAAGAUGCAUGGGCUAUUAUUGAAAAUAUAGACAGUUAGCACAAACAAAAAGAAAAAGGCAGUCAAUAUGGCAGAGAUGGAAAGAUACAAUAGAGAAAGAAAAAUCCCGUCAAGGCUGCCUUGCCCAUCGUUGAUGAGAAGGAGAACAGAUUCAAUGUAAAGGAAAAUAAGUCCAAGGAAAUAACAAAUAUGAAAUAUGGAAAUAUGGCAUCAAAGGAAAAUCAAAAGAAAAAACAUUCUAUUGCCUAUUGGGACCUGCCUCCAAGAGUGAUGAUAAUAAUAAUAAUAAUAAUAAUAAUAAUAAUAAUAAUAAUAAUAAUAAUAAUAAUAAUAAUAAUAAUAAUAAUAAUAAUAAUAAUAAUAAUAAUAAUAAUAAUAAUAAUAAUAAUAAUAAUUACUCUGGUUUCCUCCCACAUCCCCAAAACAUGCUAGGUUAAUUGGUGACUCCAAAUUGUCCAUAGGUAUGAAUGUGAGUGUGAAUGGUUGUUUGUCUAUAUGUGCCCUGUGAUUGGCUGGCGACCAGUCCAGGGUGUACCCCGCCUCUCGCCCGAAGACAGCUGGGAUAGGCUCCAGCACCCCCCGCGACCCUCGUGAGGAAAAAGCGGUAGAAAAUGAAUGAAUGAAUAAAAAUAAAAUAAAAAAUAUAAAAUAAAUAAAAAUAAAAAUAAAAAUAAAAAUAAAAAUAAAAAUAAAAAUAAAAAUAAAAAUAAAAAUAAAAAUAAAAAUAAAAAUAAAAAUAAAAAUAAAAAUAAAAAUAAAAAUAAAAAUAAAAAUAAAAAUAAAAAUAAAAAUAAAAAUAAAAGUAAAAGUAAAAGUAAAAGUAAAAAUAAAAAUAAAAAUAAAAAUAAAAAUAAAAAUAAAAAUAAAAAUAAAAAUAAAAAUAAAAAUAAAAAUAAAAAUUAAAAUUAAAAUU